AUGGUUCUCCAGAAAUCAUCAUCAUCUAUGGUGUUUAAAGUGAGGAGGAACCCAGCGGAACUAGUGCCACCUGCUGGACCCACCCCCCGUGAGCUCAAGCUUCUCUCCGACAUUGAUGACCAACAAGGUCUACGCAUCCACUAUUCAGUGGUUCAUAUCUUUCCUUACAAGCCUUCAAUGGCAGGGAAAGACCCUGCCCAUGUAAUCAGGGAAGCGUUGUCCAAAGCACUUGUGUUCUAUUAUCCACUUGCUGGGAGGCUUAGGGAAGGUCCUAAGGGAAAACUUAUGGUGGAUUGCACUGGCGAAGGUGUAUUGUUCAUCCAAGCUGAAGCAGAUGUUACACUUGACCAUUUUGGUGUUGAUCCUCUUCCUCCAUUCCCUUGCUUUCAUGAGCUCCUCUAUGAUGUUCCAUUUUCUAAUGAUGGAAUUAUUAACUCUCCGCUCCUCCUUAUUCAGGUGACACAACUCAAAUGCGGCAGUUUCAUCUUUGCUAUGCGUGUGAACCACACAAUGUGUGAUGGAAGUGGAUAUAUUCAAUUCACAAAGGCCAUAGCAGAAAUAGCCCAAGGUGCAGGAAAGCCUUCGAUCCUCCCAGUGUGGUGUAGGGAGCUUCUUUGUGCCAGAGAUCCACCCAAAGUCACAUUCAUCCACCAUGAAUACAACCAACUACGGCUUAAAGAUGACAACAAAAGUGUCUCCUUGAAACCCUGCCAUGCUUCCUUUUUCUUUGGCUCCAAAGAGAUUGAUGCAUUGCGCUGCCUCUUCCCUCGUCAAAUUGUUCAAUCUUCCACCACCUUCGAUGUCCUCACUGCAUGUCUCUGGCGUUGUCAUACAGCUGCACUCCAAUGGAAAAACCCCAAUCAAGAGGUUCGCUUCAUGUGCGUAGUCAAUGCACGUUUUGAACCUUGCAGGCUUAAUCCUCCACUACCUGAAGGGUAUUAUGGGAACGCAUUUGUGUUUCCUGCGGCAGUUUCUACUGUGGGGAUGCUAUGCGGGCAGCCCAUGACCUAUGCAUUGGAGUUGGUGAAGAAAGCAAAGAAAGAAGCAACUGAGGAGUAUGUUCACUCUACUGCCGAUCUAAUGGCCAUUAAGGGAAGGCCUCCAUUUUCCUUGACAGGAUCCUUUAUCGUGUCAGACAUCACAAAAUCUGGGAUAAGAGAUGUGGAUUAUGGAUGGGGUAAGCCUUUGUAUUCUGGACCAGACAAGGCCGGUGUAGAUAAUAUUCCUGGUUUGAGCUUCUAUGUUCCAUAUACUAACGCUAAAGGAGAGCAUGGUAGAUUGGUUUUAAUUUGCCUCCCAGAAGAAGCCAUGAAAAGAUUUGAGAACGAGCUUAAUGGAAUGCUUCAGAUCAAGGAUGAAUAA